AUGGAUUCGGAGAGCACCACCAAGGAGCGUAGCGGCGGCCUUGGGAUGCAACUGCCUGGUGGCUUGUCACGGCAAAUGUCAGCCAUGUCUGCCUCCGAAGCGAAGGCAAGUUGGACGAUGAUGAAUUUCUCAUCCAAUGUGUCUGAGGUGGGCCCAAUAGAUGAAGAGCAGUGGUCCUUCAAAAGGCUACGCGCUUUCAUUGAGGAUCGCUUUCAAAGACAAGAAAGGAUGAUGGAAAGACUGAGCAAUCAGAUACGCUCAUUGGACAAGGACUCCCAGAGCAAAGUUGCCGCGACUGAAUCCAUGGCCUUCAGCGAGUUCAGCGAAGGUGUGCAGCUGCCAGUGCCGCUAGAGUAUACAACAACAACAAACGCUCCAACUGAAAAUGUCGCAGGGGACGAACCAGUUCACAAGAUAGGAUCAAUGGGAUCCUUGCGGAGCAGCCCAAGCCACUGUCCGAAGCCACGGGCAAAUUCGGGCUCUAUUCUACCUCGAUUUUCGAAGAAACUUACCCGUGGACAAAGCGACGUUUCGGCUUUGUCACGUACCAGCGCCCGCAUCACCAGAGAGCAAACGCACAAGGCAUUGGCUGUGUUGAACCAAAAGAGCGUGUUGUCUCCGGUUUCUGGCAACUCUGAAGCUGAGUCACCAGCCUCGGUAGAGGCUUUCAGAUUUGGAGACCUGCCCACAUGCUUGGUGGAAUCCGCCUAUUUUUCCCACGUGGUGCAGUUCGUUAUCAUGGUGAAUUUGAUUUUGCUGGGCGUCGAGGUGCAAUACAGCACAUGGGGGCGAGUUCCAGGCAUCUUCUCUAUAAUAAACUACGUGAUUGUUACCUUUUUCGUGGCUGAGCUAGCCGUGAGAUUGCUUGCAUUCGGUUGCAGAGGCUUUUUUUUUGGGCCUGAGCGAUUGUGGAACAUCCUUGAUGCUUGCAUCGUUGUCAUUUCCCUGUUCGAAACGGGCUUGGAGAUUGUCCUGGAGGCAGUUUCCGAUCCCGGCAACGACCAAAACUCCAGCUAUCUGCGGGCCUUGCGAUUGGCCCGCCUCGCACGUGCACUCCGCAGCGUCCGAGUCAUGCGUUUUCUGAGGUAUAUUGCAGCGCUGCGAACGCUUAUCCUGUCCAUCAUCAGCACUUUGGGGCCCUUGAUUUGGACGCUGGCAUUGCUCGUCCUGCUUUUCUACCUCUUUGCCGUCAUCCUCACGCAAAUGGUGACAGAUUAUUGCAGGUACGAACUUGGUGCGCCCAACAAUGCUCAGUGCGACGAGAAGGUUGUGAAUCACUGGCAAGAUGUGCCAGAAAGUAUGCUCACUCUUUUCCUGUCAAUUACUGGUGGCCUCAGUUGGGAAGAAGCCUUGAAGCCCCUGCGCUCUGUGCCCCACUACAAGUCGCAACAGGGGUGGCUUGUCGACCAGCUGUGGGGCUGCCUACAGGGACUCAGAGAUGAAGAGGGGCUUGAGAAGGAUGUGGGCUUCAGCACUGUCAACGAGGCUGAUGGAAUCACGGGAGGGUCCUCAUUGCGGUCGAGCAGUUCAAUCUUUCUUCGUCUUCUGGAACCUGUGGUGGAGUUGGAGCUCUACAUCGACAACCGCGCUGCUCUCAUUCUGGCCAGUGGUGACGGUGGAGGUGCCCACAUGGAGAAUGGGGAGAUUGAAGAGAUCAAGAAGGAGCCUGAGAUGGCUGAAGUGGCCGUUGAGGAGGGUGGGGGAGCCAACUAUUUGUUUGUGGCGGUUGAACCUCAAAUUCAACCAGCCGCUGAACCACCUGCCAAAGAGGUAGCUAUGGAACGGGCUUCUGUGCAGCGGGUGACUAUGGGACGAGCUGACGAAGCUGAAAAAGCUGCCAUUAUGAUGUUUGGUGGAAGAGGACACAAGACUUGCCCAGAAACGUUCAGGGAAACCUUCGUUCCUACAUCUCCACUUGACUAUGAAGAAUUGGAAGGCCUUCGGGAUCAUGGAGCUCCUGAUGAGGGUCGCUAUGCGAACUUUGCGGCCUUGGCGCGCUUGUUCAGGAAGAAGCUGAGUGGAGAAGCUGACGAGGGGGGCGACUUCUUCUUGCUCUCCUAG